GGAAACAUUUUAUCAGACAAAUAAAAGUAAAAGAAACACAUUGAAAAGCUUCUGCAUACAGUGACAUCGACAGAAUGGAUGUUGAAGAAGCGUGGGGUCAGUUGGUCAGUUUGACUGAUGUCGAUUCAGAACCUAUACCGUUAUCCAAAGAUAGACUUACGAUCGGACGUGCACCAGACUGUGACAUACCUUUUGCUGGAAACAAACUAGUGUCUGGUCACCACUGUUGUAUUGAGAGAGAUGUAGAUGGUCAAGUCUGGCUUAAAGAUUCAAGCACAAAUGGAACACUCUUGAAUUUGAAAUGCAAAGUUACAAAAGGAAACAGGAAGGAGUUGAAUCAUGGAGAUGAAUUUUAUAUUGUUUACAAGAAAGAUAAUACUGAGUUGAACAUUGGAUACAUUUAUCAAAACAUGGCCGAGCUUGAGAAGGAACAAAGCUUAGAGGAGACCCAGGAAUACAGCACUGAUGAUGUGCUAGAGGCAACACUGGCUGAUGAUGAUAUAAAUGAAGUGGAGUCCACAGAUGAUUCUCCAAAAUCAAGAAAGAGAACUAAGGAACCUCCCUCACCAAUGGAACCAGCCAAGAAAUUAAAAUGUGAAAAAACAGAGAAAUCAGAAAAAUGUGAGGAGAAAACAGACAUUGAUAAGUCUGUAGAGUCAGAAAAUAAGACAAAAAAUGAGACAUCUGUAGCCGAUCAAGAAAAGUGUUCUAAGACCGCACAGUCGAAAAGUGUCAGAGACAGUGAGGCUGAAGCCGAGAAAAAGGACGAAAUAGAAGAGGCUUUAGUGUGCAUCAUAUGUCAGGAGAUCAUGCAUGAUUGUGUCAGCCUUCAGCCUUGUAUGCACACAUUCUGUGCAGGAUGUUACUCAGGAUGGAUGAAGAGGUCCUCAGAAUGUCCUUCUUGUCGCCUUAAGGUGGAUAGGAUUAAUAAGAACCACAUUGUGAACAAUCUAAUUGAGGCUUAUCUCAAAGAACACCCAGAGAAGAAGAGGUCAGAGGAAGAUAUUAAAGAACUGGAAGCCAAGAACACGAUAAGUAGAGACAUGCUGUAUCCCAAGGAGCUGAAGAACAAGGUUUUUGAUGCUGAUGAGAGUGGAGAGGACAGCGAUGACUAUGAGGAGGAUUCUGAUGAAGUUGAUGAUGACCCCCCUACUCCUGUGACUUUGAAUCCCAUCAAUGUAGGCCAGGGAUUUGCAUUGGGGUCAUUCAGACACUGGAACCCGGUGAGGUUUGUUUGUCGACAGUGUCCUAACUAUGUUGACCCCAACACACCUGCUACAGGCACAGGUGUUCUAGGUACAGUCCUCAACACUGUGAAGAAUAUCUUUGGUGGUAAUCAGGCAGUGCCCACGACACAAGCCAAUCAGGCAGUGCCCAUGACAGAGGCCAAUCAGGCAGGCCCAUCAGGAGGUGCCCAGUCCACAGCCAAUCAAACGGGCACCUUGUCUGAUGACAGUCAAGGCACACUGCCCACAACAUCUACAGAGGCUGAAGUGGAUGAUUUUGAAGAAAGAAAGAAGAGAGAUGACAUGAAACAAGAUGUUACUCCCCAGCCAUAUGUGUGUGUUCCAAACCAGAAUCACAUCCUGUGUCAGUGUUGUUUACAGCCCAUGCCAGACAGACGGAUCAUUGCGGACACUCGACAACAAUGUUCGUUCUGUUUAAGAUCAUUUUGCCAUGCAUACUGGGGUUGUAGGAAAGCUGAAUGUAUGGGUUGUAUAGGCAGAUUCAAAGAUAUAAUUUUUGGAAGAAAAUGCCUUCAAAAUUUGAUUUUAGAAAAUCCCUUUGAAUCUGACAUUUUAAAGAACUAUCUUGAAGAGAAAAAAAUUACAUUAAAUGAGAUGAAAGAUGUGUGUAUGGAAAAAUUGGAUACAGGGUAUUACAAAUGCGCAGACCAGGGACGACUGAUGGUAACAUCUAAUACAACAACCUGUUACGCGUGUGCUCUGAGGAACUUCAAAGACUUAGCUUAUUGUUAUAGGGCAGACAUUAAAAAGGAGGACCUGCCAGAGGCUGUUACAAAAAGAAAUGAUUGCUACUGGGGUAAAAAUUGUAGAACGCAGAAAAACAGACCUCAUCAUGCUCAGAAUUUUAAUCAUAUCUGCCAGCAGACAAGAACAGCGUAGUGUUAUGGAUGGUAGAAAUGACAACAUUCCUAUGUAAUGUAUUGGACAAUCACCAUUAUGUAUUUUAUCAACUGCUGAUGGCUGUGACUCACACUGUACUUUGUGGGAUCAAUGUGGGCGAAUGUCCUGUUUAACAGUCUAUAGUGACAAUGUCACAUAGGGCAAAUAUGUCACAAAAACACGUACAGCAAGAUGUUACUUGCAUUUAUGCUUUACAUAGUUUAUAGAGGCUUUUCUUGAUUAAAAGCACAAGUGAAAUAAUUCUAUUUGCCAAAUUUUAACUUUUAAAUGAGAUGAAACUGACAUUUUUUUGUUCAGAAUUCAGAAAUUCUCUGAUUGCCAGAUUUAAAGAAUACUUUGAUUGUGUGGCUCAGAUGUGUUUGAAGGAAUCAAACAAUGGAGAAUCUGUGAAUCCAGAUGGCUGCAGCUUUCUUUAUUUUCCUCUUUAGUAUUACACACAUUUUUUUAAUUUUCAAAUUUUCUGUUGGUAUAAAGAUUAAUAUGUAAAAGCAAAACCAUUCACAACAAAGCACUUGUACAUGCUAAAAUUUACGGAAAUAAUUUUGAACUUGUACUUAGAUCAUGAAUCCUGUCAAUGGAUAUUACUUUCUGUCUUUUAUACGAAUUGCUUGAAAUGACUUGUGAUAAAAAAAAACAUUUAUAUAAAAAUGCUGAACACUUUAAAACACUGCACUUUUUAAAAUCCCCCUUAUGUGAUUAGGAUAACCAUGCCGACUGUAACCUGUAAGAAUAUAUGUUUUGUUAUAGAAUUAUUGUUAAGUUUCUGAAUUUCAUCUUGUUUUGGAGUCACUGAAUUUUAAUGUCAACUUGUAUAGUAAAAAAGUUAUGUUAGAUGAUGCAUGUGUGUUUUAUAAUAAAACUGAAUAUCUAUUUAAAGACUCUCUUUCCUGUAUUUGGAAAAAAAGUAUUAAGAAAUUCCUAAUUAAUCAUAUUUCACAAGUAAAUUUCAUUAUUGUGAAUAUAGCUGCAGAACUGUAGCAUUAUGGUAUAUAUGUUUUAAUCUUUGAUUAAUAUAAAACCAUAAUUCCAAAGAUCUGCAGCUAUUAUGAAUACAUGUACUGAUAUCUAGUUUUACAUAUUUGAGUGUUUUAUAGAUUGACUUGGUAGGCCUUUAUGCAGAGGCUUAAAUUAUCUAACAAUAUGCCAGUAUAGUUAUUAUGGUAAUAAGUCGGGAGGGGUUCAGAUAGAAUUGGAAACAAUAAUUGAUACAAAAAUAGAUUUUUCAGGCUUGGACCUUAUCUUGUUUAUCAUCGUAUGCUAUAUAAGUGCAUUUUUCAAUCUGUUUCUGGUUUUUAGCUCACCUGAGCCGAAGGCUCAAGUGAGCUUUUCUGAUCACAUUUUGUCCGUCGUCCGUCCGUCUGUCCGUCUGUCUGUCUGUCUGUCCGUCCGUCCGUCUGUAAACUUUUCACAUUUUUGACUUCUUCUCAAGAACCACUGGGCCAAUUUUGACCAAACUUGGUACAAAGCAUCCUUGGGUUAAGGGAAGUAUAAAUUGUUAAGAUGAAGGGCCAAUUCCACUUACAAGGGGAGAUAAUCAAGAAAAGACAAAAAUAGGGUGGGGUCAUUAAAAAAUCUUCUUCUCAAGAACCACUGGGCCAGGAAAGCUGAAACUUAUGUGGAAGCAUCCUUGGGUAGUGUAGAUAUUAAAUUGUUAAAAUCAUGACCCCCGGGGGUAGGGCGGGGCCACAAUAGGGAAUCCAAGUUUUACAUAGAAAUAUAUAGAACAAAUCUUUAAAAAUCUUCUUCUCAAGAACCACUGUGCCAGGAAAGCUGAAACUUGUGUGGAAGCAUCCUUGGGAAGUGUAGAUAUUAAAUUGUUAAAAUCAUGACCCCCGGAGGUAGGGCGGGGCCACAAUAGGGAAUCCAAGUUUUACAUAGAAAUAUAUAUAGAAAAAUCUUUUAAACUCUUCUUCUCAAGAACCACUGUGCCAGGAAAGCUGAAACUUAUGUGGAAGCAUCCUUGGGUAGUGUAGAUAUUGAAUUGUUAAAAUCAUGACCCCCGGGGUAGGGCGGGCCACAAUAGGGAAUCCAAGUUUUCCACAGAAAUAUAUAGAACAAAGCUUUAAAAAUCUUCUUCUUA